AUGCUUAGAUCACGCACACUCCACCGACUCUUCUCCUGCACGCUGCUGCUCCUCGUCUUCCUCUCCAGCUCGGGGGAGAGCCGCCCUCAAACAGCCCAGGAAGGGUCACCUGAUGUGGGGAGAGUGGACAGCAAGAGGGUCCUGCUUCUGGAGGCGGUGAAGUCGGGGAUCCUCGGCUCUUUGGGUAUGGAGAGGGAGCCAAGACCAACUCAAAAGGCCUCGGAGGAAGAGCUGAGGAAGAUGUAUCAGAUCUACAGGGAACAAAUAAGAGAGAUGAGAGGGAAUUCCAGCCAGCCGAUGAUAGGAAACCAGCAAUCCACCAUGUCUACUGUGCUGUUUCCAGCUACGGUGGAGCCAAGAAAAGGGAUUCGGAGAGGAGAACACUUUUAUCCACAUUCAGGUCAACGCAUGCAGUGGUACAGAGCCAUUUUCCACAAGAAUCCCAACAUCCAGACUGAAGUGACACUAGCACGGGCUGAGCUGAAGAUUUCCAGGAAGAUUUUAGACAAACCAACUUCAGUUCAGCCUGAGGCAAAACGAGUUGUUAAAGUUAAAAUCAACCGGACGCGGUCGAUAAACUCUGCUGCAUGGACUCACAUAAACUCACCCAAUGUGUCAAACACUCAAGAUGUGCUGCUGGAUAUCAGCCCUGAGGCGGAGAGGUGGAUGAGCACAGAUGUUGGAGAGGCCCUGGUUGUGGAUGUGGGGAUAGCUGUGGCCGAACAAGAUGCCCUCAGGGUAAAUCCAACUAUUUCCCUGGAACUAGGCCUCACACGGCCCAGGAAGACGAGGCUGCCUCGCUCCAGCAACAGGGAGGACGUCUGCGAUGAACAAGGGUGGUGCUGCAGGAAGUCUGUCACCGUGUCCUUCAAAGACAUCGGCUGGGCGGACUGGGUGGUGGCCCCCACUGAGUAUAUCAUGCAUUUCUGCGAUGGCUCCUGCCCCCACAACUACAAGCCUGCCAGCAUGCACACGCAGGUGAAGUCUCGGCUGCAUCAGUUCACCAAGGGAGGGUCUCCUCUCCCCUGCUGCGUGCCAGCGGCCUACGAGCCCAUGGUUCUCAUGCACUAUGACAGUAGGGGAAAGUUAAAGCUGACUCCUUUCAAUGACCUGAUUGUCACUCAAUGCCACUGCGCUUAAGGAAAUGUACCUUUGUUAUUUCGACUUUUGGGAGAGUGUUGCCAUAAAAAAAGGUUACAUGCUGAGAUAAUGAGUG